AAGAACAUGCCUCUCGCAAAGGAUCUCCUUCAUCCCUCUGCAGAAGAGAAGAAGAGGAAACACAAGAAGAAACGCCUGGUGCAGAGCCCCAGUUCCUACUUCAUGGAUGUAAAAUGCCCAGGAUGCUAUAAAAUCACCACGGUCUUUAGCCACGCACCAACGGUAGUUUUGUGUGUUGGCUGCCGCACUCUCCUCUGCCAGCCUACAGGAGGAAAAGCAAGGCUUUUGGAAGGAUGUUCCUUCAGGAGGAAGCAGCACUAA